AUGGCAUCAUCUGACAGUCUUCGGCAACCUUUAAUUAAGACCGAAUAUGAACCUGUUAGUUCGUCACAAAAACUUAAUUUAUUAAUUCAACGUUCUGUUCGUUAUUCAUAUCGACAAAGAUGUUGUAAAUGUUGUCCAACUGUACUUUUCGAACUUUUGUUUCCAACUAUUUUAAUAAUAUUACUUCUGUUAACACGAUAUGGAAUCAAUCAAUUAGCUGCACAGACAGAAACUGAUGAUGGAACUUUACCUGGUACUUUCACUCAACAUCCAUGUUCACAAAAUAUAACUACUCUACCAACUUCAUCAAACGAUAUAUUUACUAGAUGUUUUAAAUUUCCACCAAGUUAUCGUGGUAGUAGUUUCGGUUCAUCUGAACCAUAUGAAGUAUCCAAUUUAACAAAUAUUGUUUUUGAACCGGACACACCUGAUGUUCAAGAACUUGUUAAACUUGCCAGUAUGCGUCUUCUUACAAUGAGAUGUGAUCAAACAGCAAAAGUUUUGAGUAAAAAUCGAAAUGAUGAAGAAGACAUACAUUUAUUACAGAAUAAAACUGUAAAUACAGUUAUAGUCGAUUUUAGUGCAACAUCUGAUCUAAAACACGAAAAAAAUCUUGUUUACAAUAUUAUGGUACGAAUACCAAAUACAUUCUUGAAAAAUGAUCCUGUUGAUAUGUCAUUUGUUGCAUAUAAACAUCCAAGUUAUAUUCCUGAUCGAUCAAAUGCUACAUCAAAUGAUGGUAAAAUGGGAUCAGAUUUACCGGAAUUUACUGAUGUUAAAAUAUUUGUUGAUUCAUUAUUAAUGGGAUAUCAAAAAGAUCGUCAAAUUCAAUAUGAACUUGAACGAAAAGUUAUGACUUGUACACCAUCUCGAAAUGAUUAUCUUUAUACAUCUAUAUCCAAUUUUAUCGGUACGGUUCUAUUACUGAUGGAUGCUAUAUUUAUUAUUCCAUAUUUAAUUCUUUUAACGAGUUCAAUUCGAGAGAAAAAUGCAAAAGUUAAAGAAAUUCUUAAAGUUCUUGGUAUUGAACCUAUUCUUAAUAAUAUUGCACAAGCACUUCGAACAAUGGUAAUUUAUGUCAUUUUAAUUCUAUUUUUAUGCAUUGCAUGUAAAAUAAAAUUAAAACCAGAAGCAUAUUUCGAUACAGUUAAUUUUGGUACUCUAUUUCUUGGUUAUCUUAUGUAUGCUUUACAAUUAGUAGCAUUCUGUACUAUGAAUGCACAAAUGUUUAAUACGAAUGUUCGUGCAAUUGUUUUUACUUUUAUUAUAUAUUUUAUAUCAAAUAAUAUCUAUGCAUUGGCAAUGUCAUGGCCAUCAGGUUUACAAUAUAUUCUAAUAUUUUUUUGUCCUUAUGUCGGUGGACGUUCACUUUUUCAACAAGCAGUAUUGUAUGAUCUAGCAAAAAAAGAUGUAGCUUUAUUUAGAACUGUUUAUCGGCAUGUACCAGUAUAUUUUUCAACAUUAACUGUAAUGAUUCUUAGUUGUUUUUUCUAUUGGGGAUUAUCAUGGUAUCUCGAAAAAGUCUUUCCAGGUGAAUAUGGAGUUCCACUUGAAUGGAAUUUUCUAUUUAAACGAGAGUAUUGGCGUAAAACAGCUGGUCCAAAUCAAGUAUAUUCUUAUGAUAAUCAUGCAUCGACAAUCUCAAGAUCUAGUACACCACUUGUACGAACAAAUUCUACUAAUACACCUGUUGUUCAUGUUGAUCAUCUUGUGAAAAAAUUUGGUCCA